CCGCGACGGGAAUUUUGUUGUUGUCUUCUUUUUUCGCCUCUCUUGGCAUGUCCUACACUGUGCUCGGGCAAUGCUUCUUCUCUGUGUCGCUACCUUCCCUCGCCUCUCGUUUCUUUCGACAGGGAUUGCAGCCCUACAGCUCCCUCCUCUCUCUCAUCGGGCCUCUCCCUGUCAUUUUGCUGCUGAGCUGUUCUUUCCGCUCUGUGUAUUGGUCUCCGCUCCAUCUCUUUGGGGGCUUCUCUCUUCUUUUUCCCGUGCGCCCGCGCGUGGGCAUCGUUUCUUCUGGCGUCUUCUGCCGGUCUACUACCCUCUCUUUCGUGCCUACCUCUGUCCCGCUUUAUCGUCUUUUUUGCCGCCGUUUGUCUUCCUUCUAUCUCCCCCCCUAACCUCGUUCGUCGCAUCUGGCCAGCCUCUGUCGCUGCCUCUCUUUGGAUGCGUCCUGGUCUUACAAGUUGGUCGCGCCAUUCCCGACGGAGUAAUUCCGGCACGCUGAAUCCACAAGUAGUAGUAGUAGUAGAAGAAGAAGAAGAAGAAGAAGGAGAAGAAGAGAACGACGACGACGAAGAAGAAGGGAGAGGAGGGAUUUGAAUGACGUAUUCAGGGCUAAGCGGGUGGGCAAGUGACCAGGAGAGGGCAUUGGAUGGUGCUGUCUUUGGCAUCCCCCUGCUUCCGCGAUGGGAGCAGCGGGGCGUGCUUGAUGGUAGGCCGGCGAAGUGUGGAUAAUAGUGCCUUGAUUGGGAUUGAGGGGGCCUGCCAUGGGAUAUCGCUGCGGUGUCCGUUGCGGAUACCACCUUCGCGAGUAUCAUGGCCUCGGUUGCCUGGGAGAGGGACGGCGGCCAGCUUGGGAUUGUCGAGGGAGGGAGGGAAUGGCUGGGGAUUCUGGCGGGGAGGAGGUGGAGGAGGAGGCGUAUCAGAGGGGAGGAUGAGGAGGAGGAGAAGGGGGAGGAGAAGGAGUGGAUGGAGUUCCACAGAUGGCGGCGAUCCCUCCUGUCCCUGCUGGACAGGAGGGAAAUGGGAGAUCCCUGGAGCUGUGCUCAGCAGCCCCGGUAGCGGUUUCAUCAACUGCCACAUGGCAUCCCUCGCCGGGCGUCGGCGGCGAGAUCCCGACUGGCUUCGUCCGAUGAUGAUUGGUUCUGGAAGACGGCGCUCGUCGUGCGACGGCCGCCGCUGUUUCCGCGUUACUGCGGAAUCCGCGGAAUUCAAACCGGGAAGCACUCCACGGCGCACCGCGGCCAAGUCGGGAUACCAUCCGCUGGAGGACCUGCAGACGGACAAGAAAGGCAGAGGCGGCGGCGCGCGGCAUCGCAAGGUCCAGCUUACGCCGGCGGAAAUCGCGCGGACGAUCGCGGAGGCGAACGCCGAUGCAAUCCUGUUGACGUCAGAGGUUAUUGCAGCGGGAGCUGUCGUUGCGUCGGAAAUCAAGUACGUGGUUGAUGAGGAUGGAGACCUGUACUUGGAGCUUCCUGACGAUGAGCAGGAGGUGAUCGAGGAGCAGAUAUGCAUGAUCCUGAUUGGAUAUGGGAAGAUGGACAAUUUCUCGCUCUCUGAUCUGAUGAGCGAAAUGGCCACGGAUGAUGCAUUCGCGCAGGAGAUGGAGAUCGACGAGGCGGAGGAGAUGGAUGAAGACGAUGAUGAAGACUACGUCGGGUACGAUGAUGAAGAGGAUGAUGAUGAUGAAGACGAUGAUGAAGAUGAUGACGAUGGAGACGACGAGGAGGACGGCCUCGAUAUCCAGUACUGGAAGGACAUGUUUCCUGCCAAUGCCGACGUGUUCAUGGAGGGUGUGACGCAGGAAUCGAUGGGGUCGCUAGCGGGAUGGGGCGGCCCGGAGACGUUGGAAUGGGUGCAUCCCAUGGAAUUCGCGUCGCGCAUGUCGCAGGUUGUAGGCACAGAUUACUCGAAGCAGCUAGAUUACCCCACGUGGCGGCUUGUGCUGUCAGGUGUCGUGAGGCGGCUGGAACCAGAGGAAGAAGAGGAGGUGGGGCCGAUUUGGGCGGAGCGUUUUGAAGGGGAGGAGGAGGGGGAAGACGAAGAAGAGGGGGAGGAUGAUGACGAAUCGUCGGUGGACGAAGAGGUGCAGCAGGGGGGGGAUUUGGUAGGUGGUCUAUUGCAACAAAAGGGGGGAAACAACAAGAUGAGAGACGUCCUUUUGAACUCCGAAGGAGUGCCAGAGGGAGAAGAUAUGGGGGUGGAGGGCGAUUCCCGAGAGGCAGGCGGAGGGUUGGUUUCUGGCGGGAAAGCCAAUCACAGAUCGAAGGCCAGGUUCUCCUCCUCCUCCUCCUCGUCGUCGUCGGACAAGGGUGCGCCGCUAUCAUCGUCCUGGGAGAAGAAGGAUGGGCAGCCAUCGCCGUCGCCACCGUCGGCGAAUGCGGAGGAUGGGAGAAAAAAGGGGGUAAUCAGAAAUGGCAUAUGGCUGGGUGUGCCCAUACAGAGGGUACGAUCCGGGGGCAGGAAUAAUAAAAAUAGUAAUAAUAAUAAUAAUAAUAAUAAUAAUAAUAAUAAUAAUCGUAAUGACGAUGAUAAUAACAAUAAUAAGAACAAAAGAGAGCAACAGACACUGGCGGCGGGAAAGAAAAAAGUGCAAGGAGCGGGCAGAGCGAUUGACCUCUUCGAUAAUGCCGAGCACUCCGGUUCAGAACCAACCGAUCUGGAUGCGAAGCAGAGGGCCAAUAAUAACAGCAGUAACAGCAGUAGUGAUAACACUGGUGGUAGUCCAAGUAGUAGCAAGGGGAGUGGGAGAGAGGAGGGGGGGGGAGAGGAGAGUGGGGGGAACAGGUAUCUGGACUCGGAGCGAGGGGCGGAUUCAUCCGACGAGGCUGAUCGGGACAAUGCUAUCGAAAGCGGUGGUCAGCCUGACAACGAGGAGGACGCAUAUGGACAAGAAGAAGGAGAAGGGGGGAAAUCGGAAGGGAUCGCGAUGGGAGGGGGGGGGGAGGAGGGCGACGAGGAGGGCGGGGGGAGGCCACCUAGGAGCGAUCUUGACAGUGGAGGAGGUUUCUCUCUCUCCCCUUCCACCUCUUCCUCCUCCUUUUCUCCUCAACCUGGGUUCGGCGUCGGGGAAGGAAUGGGUGGGUUUAUGAAAGGCCUUCUCUGGUCAGGAGGCUCUUGGCUUGAUCUCGCCAGAGGGAGUCUUGAGAAUCUUUUGUCGCACGAUGAAGGUGAUCCUAGGGCUGGCGUUCGUGAUGGUCAGCCAGACCUCGGGCUACGUGGCAGUACCGAUUUCGGCCGGGAAAACGCCGACGAUGAUGAUGGCCCGGGACUGUCCAAGCGGGGUGGAGUCGAAGAUGGGAGAAGCCUGGAGGGUGAAGAUGAUGGCGUUGGUGGUGGGGGUGCUGCUGCCGCUCACGACGGGGAAGACGACCAAGAUGGAGACGAUGAUUAUGAAGAGGGCGACGGGCAGGCAACUGGGGACGGGUGGUCGUUGUUCAAGCUAGAGAUCUUGAGUGUGAGGCUUGACACCAGCUCUGGUCUGCAGGAGGAAGUGGGAAUUGAAGAGUUCCAAGCAGCCACACCGGAUAUUCUUGCCCACGUGGCGCCGGAGAUUAUAUCCACUGUGAAUUCCGGUGGUCGGCGGAUGAAUCAGGCAAUGAUGGCGUUAUGCAAAAGGCAUAACGUGAAUGAUGGAGAAGAGAUAUCGCUCUUAGCCAUCGAUCAUCUUGGAAUAGAUCUGAGGGUGAGAUGCGGGAUGGAGUGGAAGACCGUCCGCGUGCCGUUCCGGAGGCCGGCGACCAGUCCUACGCAUGCUGAGCAUUUGUUGGAAGAGCUGCUGAAUCCGCGAAAGGCGGCGAAGAGAUGGCGAUGGGAAAGCAAGACGCGACGUCCACGUCGCCGACGAUGAUUCAUUCAUUCAUUUCAUUCGUCUUUUUUUUCCCCCUCGCCUCCAUCCCCCCCUUCCUCCCUCUGUACGUCCUACUCUGUUUGUUUGUUUGUUUGUUUCCCUCCUGUCCUUCCCUUCCUGUUUCAACCAACUUCAAGCAGCCCCCUUCAUCCUGCUGAUUCCCGUAACCAUCCGAUUCCAGCUGCAAAGAGCACAAGCUUGGCAGUCUCCGUUGACCAUCCAAAUCAAAUCCAGCUGCAAAGAGGAGUCUGCUGUCGAUUCUCGCCGGGAUUGAGCGAGCCACCAUGUGUUGGGAGGUGAAGAGCACAAGGGAGACACGCUUUGUGCAGUCCCAGUUGGGUAUAUCGUGAACCCAGGGAGACACGCUGUGUGCCAUCCCUUCUGUAUCUGUCUGUCUGGCUGACUGUCGGGCUGUCUGCCCCUAUCUGUCAUCCAUCUCUCUCUCCCUCCCUCCCUUCCUCCCUCCCUUCUCCUUCCCUCCCUUCCUUUCUGUAUCUCCAUCCGUGCGCCGUCCGUCUAUCCACGUCCCUUUCUCUCUCUCAAUCUAUCUAUCUAUUCCACGUGGCUGGCCUUGUACGUAUGAGGUGAUGAACAGGUGGGGCUUUCCUUCUUUUCCUUUUCUUGUUUUGUCUUUUUCCGCCUUUGCGCUCCGAUUUAUAGUGUGACAUUGUCUUCUUUUUCUUGGUUGUCACACUGUGGAUCGUCGCUUUUUUAUGUCUUGUCCUGGGUGGUCUUGUCCCGUUGUUUGGCCUUUGACGGAGCGGGCGGUGCUUGCAUGUGGGACUUGUCAUCUGGGAUCUGUCUUGUUUCCCUCUGUUCUAUUUGUUUCAUUUGGCUGUUCCCUUCCUCUCUUCUUUGCCUCUUUGCCUUUUGGCUGUGUGCAAGUGGGUCGAUAUGACACACGGGGGUGGGGCCAGCCGCCGCUCAACCUACAUCCACGUGGGCGGCCUUGUACGCAAGAGGUUCUGAACAGGGGGAGUUGUAAGGAAGAGGAUUAAAAACGAAUUUAAGAUUUUUUUGUUUUUUUGGUUUUUUCGCUUAGGCGCUCUGAUAUCAUGUGACAAUAUAUACGUGAAUGAAUUUUUGCGAGCGUUGUCGAAUCAUACUUUAUUCUGGAUUAUCGACCGACUCUCGUGUGACGCCUGUCGGGACAGAGACGCGGUGCGCCUUGGCUGUGGAAUGCAUCAUCUAUGCCAUAGCCAGUCGGGACAGAGAUGCGGUGCGCCUUGGCUGUGGAAUGCAUCAUCUAUGCCAUAGCCAUUAUCAAUCUAUUGCGACUGCCGCCGUCUGUCCUGAAGGGUGUCCAACAUUUCCUCAUUGUACACAUCCCUAUCACCCAGAUAUACGUUGUCCCUAUUGUGCCGAAGGACGCUAUCAGAACUGUAUGAUGCCGCACUGUGAUGAACGUCCUGCCGUGUUUUUGACAUGUGGACAACACGUCCUCUGUCAGGACUGUUUUGAUGGGAUGGUUCAUGCUAGCCGUCCUGCAGAAUGCUGUGCUGGCGCAGCUCUCCUUGGGCAUCCUUGUGAACAUCCACAUCAUCCUCACCGUAGCUGUUCUAUCUGCCGAGGUGGGGGCAGGUAAAGAAAAAAAGAAGAAAAGAAAAAGAGAAAAAAAGAAAAAAAGAAAAAAGAUACGUUGAUCUGUGGGAUGUGUUAUUUGCUUUGUGAUAAUUGGAUUAUCUUUCUUUCCCUAUCUUUCUUUCCCUGUCAGGUUUGGUUUCCUCCUCCCCUUCUUUACCUCUUUGCCUUUUGGCUGCGUGCAAGUGGAGCUUUCCUUACCUCUUCCCCCUCCCCCUUUUUUCCUUUUCCUUUUUCCUUUCCCCUUUUUUGCGUUCUGAUUCACAAUGUGACAAUAUAUAUAUAUGGGUUCAGCCUCCUGAUGAGUCGGUGAAACUCCGACGAAACAGUUUGUCACAGCCCCUCGUUUGUUGUCCUCUUCUCCCUCUCUGCCUACGGUUUACCGGGCAGUUCUAUUUGACGAUAUAUAUAUGUAUGUCUAUAUGUCUGUCUGUACGUGGGCGGCCUUGUACGCAAGAGGUUCUGAACAGGGGGAGUUGUAAGGAAGAAGAUAAAAAAAUGAAUUGAUAUCUUUUUUGCUUCCUUUUGUUUUUUUCGCUUUUGCGCUCUGAUAUUCAUGCGACGACAUAUCUAUCUGUAUGUCUAUGUCUGUCUGUCUGUCUAUUUGUUUGUUUGUCUCUCUGUCUGUCUCUAUGUCUGUCUGUAUGUCUAUGUCUGUCUGUCUGUCUAUUUGUUUGCUUGUCUCUCUGUCUGUCUCUGUCUGUCUGUAUGUCUCUCUGUCUGUCUGUCUCUGUUUGUUUGUCUUCUCCUUCUUAUCCGCUGUCAUCCGGUCUUGGUCUUCCUUUUUCACUCAUCUUUUCUAUGUUCUGUCUACUACUUUCCCCUCCUCAACUGACUUCUUAUCUCCGUGUGUGCCACGUGGUCACCAGGUCGACUGCCUCUGCAUCUGGUUUGUUUGCCCUCCCUAUCACCCAUUGGGAUCUUCGGUCUCAACCUCUUCUCUGUCAAUCUAUCCAGACUGAAUCUGAGACUCAUGUCUUCUCCACUGCCCCCUCCCAACUCCCAUCUGCGGCCAUGUAGCUUCACUCUUCUUCAUCUGAAAUAUAUUCAGUCCAUUUAGUCACAAUGGCAAAAAUCGUCCAAGGUGUCAUUGACAGGAAAAAACAGAGGGCUUGUAUGUGGGGGAAACACGAUAGGUAGGUUGCUAUGCUUUGCUUGAAUGAACUUCUCUUUGUAAU